AUGAGCUACUACGGCAGCUACUACGGAGGCCGCGGCUACGGCUGGGGCGGCUUUGGUGGCCUGGGCUAUGGCUAUGGCUCCGGCUGGGGCUGGGGCGGCCUUGGUGGCCUGGGCUAUGGCUACAGGAGCUACGGCUGCUGGCGUCCGUGCUGCUGUGGGGGAUACGGAUACUCUGGCUUCUACUGA